CAUCGCUCAUCUCUCAGGGCUAUCACCUCCUAUUAAAAGUAGCAUAAAAUGUCAUCUCAAACCCCUGUGAAAACUAACUACAACUUGCCGAAGCCAAUGCCGGCAUACCUCCCUACUAAGGGUUCGGUGCUCUACGCGGACCGCACCUUCUACGACGCUGUUGCUAACUCCAAGAGAGAGCUCACCGAAUCACUAGUGGUACCAAUCCGCUCUGGACGUGCCUGGAAGGUACCAGCGGGCUCUGUCUGCCGGAUCACCACCCCAGAAGGGCCUCAGGUGGGUGACUUGAACAUCUGGAAUUUCCACAACCCACGCGAAAGAAUGUGGGCUGCUCGUACCAGGCAGCUCCACAGCGCCCAUGUGUCGGUCUACGAUAGACUAUGGUCUACUUUACCGUACCUUCGUCCGCUUGUCACAAUCACGGGGGAUUCCAUGAAGGAUAGAGGCCAGGACGAGCACGGUGGUAGACUCCACGACUUGCUCGGGACCAGAUGCGAUCCGUAUGUGGAUAAGCUCUUGUCUGGCGAGGAUAACGACUUCCACUGUCAUUCUAACCUCGUGAGAGCGGUUAUGCCGUAUGGCUUGACUGAAUUCGAUGUCCACGACGUGUUGAACGUGUUCCAGUUGACCGGUUUGAACGAGCACGACCAGUACUUUAUGGAAACCUGCCCUGCCGUCAAGGGCGACUACAUCGAGUUUUUUGCUGAGGUUGAUGUCUUAAUGGCCUUGUCUGCCUGUCCGGGCGGGGACUUGUCUACCUGGGGCUGGGGUGAAGGGGACGAAGAGGAGCUUGAUAUGGUCGACUGUUGUAGACCUUUGGGCGUUGAGGUGUACCAGAUCACCGAUAAAGAGGUGUUGAAAGAUUGGAAGAGCCCCGAGGUGGCCAACUACUCCGGUAACCACGGAUUAGAGUUCCCUGUGUUCCAGAAAUAAGUAGAUAGAACUGCAGAUUAUUGGGGGAGUACCAUAAAUUAAUAAUAAUGAUUUCACAAUAUAAGGUAAAGUGUGGAUCGGAACCCUGAAGGAGACAGGCUGCUCCUAGGGGUUUACACUUUAUUCAAGCUUCUGGGUGAUUCAGAUAUAUGGCUUAAAGGACUGAGAGUUAUGUAUCUGACUAAAAGAGCAAGUGAUCCGCAGAUCAAGACAGACUCUGUUCCUAAUUUAUAUAUCUAAAUAGCGAAGCUAAA